AUGUUGGAGGAUAUAAGGGUUUAUGUGAUGCAGAGGUUAUAUCAUCAGAGGAGUAAAGGAGAGGCUAGGGAUUUAACUAUAUGCCCAAGCAUUAGGAAGAAAAUAGGAGAUUUGAAGGAGAAACAAAGAUUCUGGGCUGUGUACCCUUGUGGGUAUCAACAAUUUGAGGUGGUAUUAUGUAAUGACAGGUAUGCAGUUGACCUGAUCAGAAGGACUUGUGGAUGCAGGAGAUGGCAGUUGACUGGAAUACCCUGUGUACAUGCAGUGGCUGCAAUUUCAUCCAUGAACUUAAACUCAGAGGAUUAUGUAGCUAACUGUUACAGUAAGGCAACUUAUCUCACCUGCUAUGCAUACAUUAUUCAUCCUUUGAAUGAUAGCUCUUUAUGGACACAAAGUGAGUACACCAAACCUUUACCCCCAAAGAGUAGAAGGCUACCUGGUAGGCCAUCUACUAAGAGGAGGAAAAGUGCAGCAGAAAGGGAGAUAUCAAGCAGACACACAGUAUCAAGAGUAAAGCAGGUGCAAAGGUGUUCAAUAUGCUAUGUUAGUGGGCAUAAAAAAAAUGGGUGCCCAACAAAAAGAAUUCCAACAACAGGUGAUCCGGUUCCUGGAUCUUCCACUCCAGCUCCAAGUGCAACACCAGGAUCCACUUCUGCAGCUCCAAGUCCAACACCAGGAUCCACUUCUGCAGCUCCAAGAUCCACUCCGGCAACUCCAAGACCAAGAUCCACUUCUGCAACUCCAAGACCAAGAUCCACUCCUGUAACUCCAAGAUCCACUUCUGCAAGACCAGUUCAAAGUGAAGUUCAAUUGAGAAAGAGGAAAGCUUCAGAAAGAAUCAUCAAACAAUGCCUGAGGAAAAAAGUGGUGCCCAAGGAUGGUAGUGGUUGUAGUUCAAACAAACCUGUAGAUUUUGGUUGA